CACGACGUGAACGCGGUAAGCCACGCCCCUCUUGUCUUGUAAAUAUAACAUUGUUUAUGUUUGGUAGUUAUUUAUAAAAAUGUCGCGGUUUAUGAACGUAUGCGCUCUUUCAUUUAAAGUCCUCAUUCUCCCGUUGUAUAUCGCGGAGCACGUCGGACUUUUGGCUUUCUUCAAACGCGUCUUUCCUAUGAUUCAAUAUAAAGCCACGGACUGGUACAAUAACAAGAUGAACGACAAGAAACGGGAACUAUUCCGAAACCUGGAGCGAUUUCAGCCAUCAAAAGGCUCUCUGCGCAUCCUGGAGGUGGGCUGCGGAUCCGGGGCUAACUUCGAGCACUACCCGACGGGCUCCAAGAUCACCUGCACAGACCCCAACCAGCAUUUCAAGAAAUACCUGGAGAAAAGUAUGGAGAAAAACGAGCACCUGGUCUACGACAGCUUCAUAGUGGCGUCGGGGGAGAAUCUGCAAGGGGUGGAGGACAGCUCGGUGGAUGCUGUGGUUUGCACUCUGGUUCUGUGCUCGGUCAAAGACACCAACAAAGUUCUGCAGGAGGCAAGGAGGGUCCUGAGGCCUGGUGGAGCAUUUUUCUUCCUUGAGCACGUGGUGUCAGACCCUUCAACCUGGGCUUACUUUUUUCAACAUGUUCUUGCGCCAUUAUGGUACUUCUUUGGCGAUGGCUGUGAAGUAACCCGUGCUACAUGGAAGCACAUUGAGGCUGCUGGAUUUUCAGAUGUAAAGUUACACCACAUUCAAGCUCCUCUGUUUUUCAUGCUCAAACCACACAUCGUUGGCCAUGCGGUCAAAUAAUGAAAGUGAAUUUUGCCAGAUCAGGCCUGAUUUAUUUCAUCAUUCACUAUUAAUGUGUUUUUAUGAAAGAGCAAUUUGUAUUACACCAUAAAGUUUAGAGUUCACAGACUUAGUGAUGAUCACUUCUCAAGCUUGCAAUGUAUAUUUAAUAUAACUGCAUCAUUUUGCAUGAGUAUCCGAACUUUGUCUGCAAAACACAUCUCUAUUAAGAUGACUUGUAUACUAAUAUAUAUGUAUAUAUAUGUUUUUUUUUUUUGACGCCCUCCUUGCAGAUUAAAAAACAGGAGAAACACGGCUAAUUUUCAGACGUUAUGGUUAAUGCAGACACACUGCCCUCUUGUGGUUAUAGGAGCCAGUAAUUAAAGUAAAUAUUCAUAAACGUGAUAAUAAUUAUUAUAAUUGACUUAAUAUGUUGCCUUACUUCUGUA